AGCAGUCUUACGCAACUAGCUUAUGGUUUUCUCUAAUCCACAAACAACUCCACAAAAGAAUCGUUUGCCAAAGAGAGGCAGACAAUCCUUCUAGCCUUCCCAAUUCCCAUCAUGAGUUUGGCCCAAACCUUAAAGACAGCUAAGAUCCUUGUGCUUCAGAUGAAAAACAAACCCCUUAGACUUCUCCUUCAGUUUUUCUAGUCAAAAUCUUCUCUAUUCUCUGCCGGUGAUUUUGAAAGAUUCCGGCGACUUUAACUAUGUGGCGGGAAACUUCAAGUGGGUUCCACUGGUUGAAUUUCAUGAAGAGCUGAUGCGGAUUACUUUAUAGAAGUACUUCUAUAAUUCUUGGUUGCGGAACCUCGAUUUUUCGUAGCAGUGGAGUUGAUGAACACGGGCAGUCAAAGGUCGAUGGGUGGAGGGGUUCAUGAUGUAUUGGAUUGUUUGAAGCGAAUGCACUCCGAGAAUCCUAACUUUUAUUUUGCAAUUCGGGGUGAUCAUGAUCCUUCCAUUGCCAAUAUUUUCUGGGCUGAUGCAGCUUCCCGGAUUAACUAUACCUAUUUUGGUGAUACUGUCGUUUUUGAUACCUCAUUCCGUAGUAAUGGUUAUAAAGUUCCAUUUGCAACAUUUACCGGAAUAAAUCAUCAUGGGCAGCCAGUACUUUUUGGGUGUUCUUUGCUGCUUAAUGAAUCAGAGGCUGCCUACAUUUGGCUGUUCCAAACAUGGCUUCAUGCAAUGUCGGGGAGAACCCCAGUCUCAAUCACAACAGAGCCGGAUGGGUUUGUGCAGAAGGCGGUAUCUGAGGUCUUGCCUAAUACACGGCUUCGUUAUUGCAAAUGGGGCAUGUUCAGAGAGACUCAGAACCGUUUGGGUCAUGUUUAUCAAUCACAUCCUACAUUUGAGGCGGAGUUCAAGAAGUGUGUUAAUGGGAGCGAGACAAUUGGGGAAUUUGAAUCUCGAUGGAGGAUGCUUUUGGAACAGUAUCAUUUGAUGAAUGAUGAUUGGAUGCGAUCAGUUUAUGAUGCUCGGCGGCAAUGGGUGCCUGUUUAUAUGCGAGACACGUUUUUUGGUGAAUUAUGUGCCGAAGAAUAUGAGGGCAGAAACUUGUGCUUCGAUGGAUUUCUGACUGCUGAUACUACCUUGCAAGUUCUGAUCAAACAGUAUGAAAAAGCCGCUGCUAGUUGGCAUGAAAAGGAACUACAAGCUGAUGAAGAUACGAGUAAUGCUUUGCCAAUGCUAAAAACCCCUUCACCUAUGGAGAAACAGGCUGCUAAAUUUUACACCCGGAAAAUAUUUAUGAAGUUCCAAGACGAGCUUGUUGAAACCAUGGCUAAUUCUGCAACAGAACUUGAGGAGUCAGAAAGUGCCACUUCGUUUCGUGUGGCCAAGUUUGGUGAUGGCCAUAGAUCUCAUAUUGUCAGCUUUAAUUCUUUAGAAACAAAAGCAAGUUGCAGCUGCCAAAUGUUUGAAUUUUCGGGAAUCGUUUGUAGGCACGUACUAGCAGUUUAUAGAGCUAAAAAUGUCCUUACUCUUCCUUCGGAAUACUUAUUGAAAAGAUGGUCAAGGAAUGCCAAAGGUGGGGCUAUAUUGGAUGAGCAUUCUAUGCAGGAGACAGUUAACUCACAGCAACCCCUGACUAUUAGAUACAAUAACCUUCGACAACAAGCCAUAAAAUUUGUGGAAGAUGGUGCAAAAUCUAUUCAUGUUUAUAAUGUAGCUAUGACCGCUCUGCAAGAAGCCGCAAAGAAGGUUGCUGAUAUGAAGAACCAAGGUGUUGGAAUUACGCAAGGUGGCGCUCUGGCGAAUGGUGACCAUCCAAUGGCAUCUGGAAAACCUGUCGAGGAGAAGGUUAAGAAAAUACAAGAACUAACAGCUGAGUUGGAAAAUACAAAUAAACGAUGCGAGGUCUAUCAUGCAAACUUGCUUGCAGUUUUGAAAGAUAUGGAAGAUCAGAAGCUGAAACUCUCUGUUAAAGUUCAGAAUGCAAGACUUAGUUUGAAAGAGUAAGUUGCCAUUAAAGUUCUUUAUAGAAUUUUCUUUGACUUAUGAUGUUGCAUCUGCCGAUAGUCGAAAUCGAGAAUAUGUUAUCAAAAUACUAGCACAUAUUUUAGAAAGUAGGGUGUAUUCAGAUUCAGUAUAUCUGUAUAUGUAGAAUCAAAGAAAAGUAUAGGGCUAUUUCAUAUUGUAGAUAAAUUGGCAAUGGAGCAUAGACUAUUGGACUGUAUAGCUGCCUUGGGUUUUAGUCUUUUAGGAAGAUCAGGGGGUGUCUGAUGGAAUUCUAGUUGUGUUUCACAAAUUACAGUUAAAUUUUAGCCACUGAUAAUAUAUGAAGCUGUAGAAUUUUAGUUGUGUUCG